UUCCUUACUCAUCUCCGUUAAACCUUUAAACCCUAAAAUUGAACCGUUAUGGCGAUUAGGGUUACCUUCACAUACUCCAGCUACGUCGCGAGGAACAUCGCUUCCUCCGCCGCGGCUCGCGGCGAUGUCCGAUCAUGCUUCGAUUACUGCCUCCGUCCCAGAAUCUUCAACCACAGUCAGAUCCCCGAUCUCGACAAAUCAUCAUCUCCAUCUCCUUCAGCUUCAAUGUACAGCACAAUCGCCAGAGAGCUUCUCGAAGAAGGAAGCAAGAGUAGUCCUCUCAUCUCAGGCAUGAUCUCCCUCAUGAAGCUAACCGGAGCAGCUGCUCCGGAUCUUCUCGGGAUCUCUCCGUUCAAGGCUUCUUCCGUGAUUCCGUUUCUGAGAGGGUCUAAGUGGAUGCCUUGUAGUAGUAUUCCGGCGACGUUGACGACGGAUGUUGGUGAGAUUGAUAGGGGAGGGAAUGUGAAGAUGGAGUUAGGGUCGAGCUUUGGAAAUGGGUGGGUUAAUAAGCUGUUGAAUAUAUGUUCGGAGGAUGCUAAGGCGGCUUUUACGGCGGUGACUGUUUCUUUGAUGUUUCGUUCGGCUUUGGCUGAGCCCAAGUCUAUACCUUCGAUGUCUAUGUAUCCUACUCUUGAUGUUGGGGAUCGUGUUAUGGCUGAGAAGGUCUCGUACUUGUUCAGAAGGCCAGAGGUUUCGGAUAUAGUCAUCUUCAAGGCUCCUCCUGUUUUGGUGGAGCAUGGUUACAAUUGUACUGAUGUUUUCAUUAAAAGGAUAGUUGCAAGCGAAGGUGACUGGGUUGAAGUUUGUGAUGGAAAGCUCUUAGUGAAUGACACCGUUCAAGUAGAAGAUUUUGUAUUAGAGCCAAUUGGCUACGAGAUGGAACCAAUGUUGGUCCCUGAAGGUUAUGUCUUUGUCCUAGGAGACAACCGCAACAAAAGCUUUGACUCUCAUAACUGGGGUCCACUUCCAAUAAAGAAUAUCAUUGGAAGAUCCGUGUUUAGGUAUUGGCCACCGAGCAAAGUUUCAGACACAAUACACCACCAUGAGCAAGUUAUCCAAAAGGUGGCUGUUGAUGUUUCAUGA